AUGUUCGCCCAUGAGAUGAAGGAAAAGAGAGACAGUGAAGUUGCUAUACCCGAUAUAGAUCCUGAAAUUUUCAGGGAAAUGUUGGAGUUUAUUUAUACCGACGAAAUCAAUAUUUUGGAUACGAAUGCUGCGGAUUUAUUAGAAGCUGCCGAUAAAUAUCAAUUGUUGAAACUAAAAAGUUUGUGCGAAGAAUCAUUAUCUAAAUCAUGCCGUAUUGAUAAUGCAAUUAAAUUGAUUAUUUUAGCAGAUCUGCAUAAUGCUAAUCAAUUGUUGGAGUUUAUUUUUGAAUUUGUAAUUAGAAAUAUCAAAGAUGUUAUUAAAACUCCAGAGUAUGAAGUAUUAGAAAAAUCUAAAUCUUUGUUAUUAUCAAAAUUAAUAAAGAAAUUAGCGGACUUGAAAGUUGUCUAA